AUGGCUUCCGCUGCGGAUCGCGAAUCGGCGCCGCUGCUGGCCGGGCGCCGCGAGGCCGAUGAGACCUUGACGGACUGGACCGGCGCCACUAGCUUCAACGCGGACGGCGACCGGGAGAACCCGCUCGAGUGGACGCCGUCGUUUAAGCGUCUCAUUGUCUUUUUGCUGUCCAUGUCUGCUUUUACCGUCACCUUUUCUUGCGUCUCCGUCGUCCCCGUUGCCCGGCGCAUAUCCCGCGACCUCGGCGGCAGCCCCGGCGACACCUCCUCCGAGGCGCUCCUCGUCACCAUCUGGGAGCUCGGCGAGGCCGCCGGCCCGCUGCUCAUCGGCUCGCUCUCGGAGCUCUUUGGCCGCGCACCCGUCCUCAACACGGCCAAUGUCGUCUUCGUCCUGGCCCUCGCCCUCGGCGCCCUCGCCCCGACGCUGCGCUUCCUGACCUUUACUCGCGUCCUCACCGGCGCCGCCGUCGCCAUCAACGUUCUCGGUCCCGCCAUUAUCGGCGACAUCUUCGUCCCCGAGCAGCGAGGCACCGCCAUGAGCAUGAUUCUCUUUGCGCCGCUCCUCGGCAGCUCCAUCGGCCCAGCCUUUAGCGGCGCCGCCAUUGAGACGCUCAGCUGGCGCGUCAUUGUCCUCGUCAGCGUCGUCCUCGCCGCCGUCUGCUACUCCAUCUCGUUUGUCUUCUUCCGCGAGACGUACACGCCCGCCAUUCUGCGCCGUCGCGCCGCCAAGCUAAUCGCUGCUAACCCGACGUCGGACACGGAUAAGCCCGCCAGCAGACAUACGUACGAAUCCUUGUGGCUAUCCAUUGCGCGGCCCGUAACUGUCCUCGUCAGCAGCGGCGUGCUCAUGGCAAUUUCCGCUUAUAUUGCCGUUAUGUUUUCCCAUUUUUACGUGGCUGCCAUUACUAUGCCCCGCAUACUCGAAGACAUAUAUCACUUGUCGCCGACGGCUACUGGAUUUGCUUUCUUCUCCAAUGCUCUGGGAUCAUUUAUUGGCAUCAUGGUAUGCAGAUCGUGGCUGGAUGCCAUCUAUGUCAAGCUCCGCGACAACAAUAAUGGAGUCGGGCUCCCGGAAUACCGUCUGCCGAUUGCCAUCUUUGGCGCCAUCACCAUUGUCCCUGGCGUUGCGCUCUACGGCUGGUGCGCCGAAUACAACUGGAGCAUUUAUGUUUUCCUGAUCACUUGCGUCUGGGUCCGCAUGUCCCUCAUCAUGUCCUUUGCGCCACUCACUGCCUAUGUCGUUGAUGCCUGCGGACUCUAUUCCGCCUCCGCAUUGACUGCCGUCAUUGUCAUUCGCUGCCUCGCGGGCGCCUUUCUGCCGCUUGCCAUAGACAAGCUUGUCAAUGCCUUGGGCUAUGGCCGGGGCUUUACCGCGUAUGCACUGGCCACCUUUGCGGCGAUUUCAGUCCCGGUCGCCCUCUUUUAUAGGGGUGAAAAUUGGCGCAGGAAGAGCGAGUACACGAGGGUGGAGGAGCAUGUCGAAGCUGAGUCGACGAUAUGA